AGGAAUGGACUACUGAGUGGAACCCUUCGUCCUAUCGCUUCUUAUAACAGGGGGAUUGAAGCUGAAGGUAGUUAAUCAAAAUGCCUGAGGAGAUGGCGGACGGUGGGAGAAAACUUGUAACGCUCAACGACCUCAUCGAUGCCCUGGAUAAGCGCGAGAGAGCGCCGAGCAAUGUCCCGAAGGUCGAUACCUUCCACUUCAAGGGAGAACGGGUGUCUGACUGGCUGGACCUGACGGAGCAAGCACUGGUGGGGCUGUCGGACGAGGUCAAGCUCCAGCGAGUCCUAAGAUAUGUCCUUCAUAGCCAUUAUCAGGAAGUGGGCAAGGUCGUGGAUGCCGCCAAUGGUAGUUCGGCGAGGUUCAGGGACAUGAUGCAGAGAAAGUACAGGUUGGGAGAUGGGUUGCUGACCAUGGCGGAUUUGGAAGCCAUGAAUAAGGAUGACUUCUCCACGGUUGGGGCGUUUGUGCACGAGUUUAAAAGGAAGGCGCGGAAGGUGCACGGGAUCUCCGAAGAAACGCAAUGUGCCAUAUUCUUGGGUCUGCUUACUAGCUCGGAGGCCUCGGAGCUGACGGGUCACGGAGAGGGAAGUGAGAAACUCAACUGGGCCACUAUCGACAAAGGGGUGGAAGAGGGGAGCCUGGACCAGGCCUCGCAGGCUAGCGUGACCGGGGGAGGAAACCAAGGACAGGGCGGACAAGGCAAUGGAGGCCGAAGUCAAGGGGGUCGAGGAGGUGGUGGCCGGGGCCGAGGAGGAAAUGGUGGGGGUCGCGGAGGUGGUUGGAAUGGUCAAAGGGGCCAGGACCAAGGUGGCCGAGGCGGCCAGGGAGAGGGCCAAGGGUAUGGGAGGCCCCGCUUUGAUUGGCGAAAUGCCACCUGCUGGCAUUGUGGCGAUGUAGGCCACACAGUGCGGUUCUGCGAGCGGCGGCGGGAGGAUGAAUUGUCAGGGUUAAUCUCCUCUUGUAUGGACGGGGACAUAUAUGAUAAGUGGGGUGAGCAUAUUGACUCCAGGACCCCGAGAGGAAUCAGGCAAGAAGCUCUCCGGCGAGCAGCAGCGGGGCCCACAGCACCCCCGACGAUGUUUAGGAUGUGGCAAGAAAAGGAAGAGCCGACCGUAAGGGUCGAGGAGAUUGUGGGGGAUAACGAGGAGGUCAAUCAGCGGCUAAAGGCAGGGACUAUAAGGGAGGAGCCAAUAGUCGUCGAAUCCGAUGAUGAGGGGCAGGAAGGCGAAGGAGAGCCGACCAUACUCCUCCUGGGGAGGAUGGAAGAUCUGCUGGAGAAAGUGGGAAGAUACCAGCGGAAACUGCAAGCCCUGUGUGAAGAAGCCCUAGAGUGGGAGGCCAACCUGCCUGAGGUCUUCCUUUAUGACUCCGGGCCAAAGCCUUCGCCAGAACAACAAGGGUGCCCAAGAGUAGCGAUUGUAGGGACGGGCCCUAGGUCAGGUAUGGCCUACAGACCCCGCACGUCGCAUGGGAGGGUACCGCAGGCGGCUCGGACUAGGAGCCAAAACAAGGCCGGGCCUAGCCAAGAGCCCAGCCAGGCACCCCCUCGAAAGGGGCCUGAGCCAGAACGUAGGAAAGAGGUGGUGGAGGUCCCGGAGGAAGAGGAAGAGGAUGACGAUGAAGAGGAUGAGAGGCUCCGACAAGAGGAGGAUCAGCGGGCGGAGCUGAGGGCCAAAAAGAGAGGAGCCCGGGAGGAGGCCGAGCCGAGCCUACCCGACAACGUACCUAAGAGGAAGAAGUACGCGGUCCGGAUGGAGGAAGGUUUUGAUGUGGAGCGGAUGGUGGACAAGCUCCUGGAAGGCCACAAUGACCUGAUGAACCUGAAGGACAUCCUUGCGUCGGCACCAAGGCUGAGGUUGGUUGGCUGGAGGUUGGGGUUUGCAUGGUUAAAGCGAGGGGUAUGAGUAUAGGAACUGGUUGGAGUUGACUCCGCGUAGUGUGUGGACUCUUGUCUGACUUUUGAUGUGAUUGCAGGU